CUAAUUUACUUUGCUAUUGCAAAACAAACAGAAAAGGUAACCAACUUCUUGCUUUCCAUAAAAAGUGGAAAUUAGUUAGCUUUUUUGGGGUGUAAUGCACUAAUAUAAUAUGUAAUUUAAAAAUUAUUCCGCUCCUAAUUCUGUUGUUUAUUUAGCUCAGUUUUAAUCAAUUUGUAUCCUCCUCUCAGGUCAGUAUAGCAAGAAUCAAGAUGCAAACCAUUCAGACGAUAGAGAUGCAGUUGCCUGUCCUGCGAGAGAGUUUCCACUCCUCUCCCUUCAGAGAGAGAGUGAAAGAACGAAGGAAGAGCAGCCUGACAAAUCUCAUCAGAAGACAACAGCAACAGUUAUUACUCCAGCAACAACAAUCAGAAUUACAUCAGAAGCAACAGCUGUUCUCACCCUCACAGGGCAGCACUGCACAUGCUCAGUUGGUCCGCUCUUCCAGCAGCCCAUUAUGUGACUUGGCAGAGCAAAUAGAUGAGCAAGAGAAAGUGAAAGAGAUUGGGAGGCAGGGGGAGCUGUCUCUCAGGCAGUCCUCGGCUACGGCGUCACAAUCUGCAUCAUCAAAGCAGCUGCUGCCGACGGUGAAGAGAGAGAGAGAGGGAUUAGAGAGGGAGGGGGGGAAAGUGCAAGGGAGCAGGGAGAGGGAGAGAGGAGAGAAGAGAGAGCAGCACAGAGAACGAGAAAGUCAGUUCUGUCACACGCGUUCCCAGCAUGGCCUGAUCGCUAAAGGUGUUCGCCUUCUGAGGAACAUGGGAAACCAGGAGGCCAAGCAGAAGAAGACCACUGUCACAACAGGAGUGGAAGGUGCUGGGAAUGGGGCGAGCACCGAGGACCGAGACCAUGAACAUCUCAAGAAGAUUAAGAAAAGUAAAUUGUCAGACGACUCGGGCAAGAAAAAAUCCAAAUCAGAAGGCUCCAGAGGUUCUGUAUUUUCCAACAUCCGUAUCAGAAAGGGCCUCUCCCGGAAAGGGUUGUCCAAAGAGGAUGUACUGGACGAUGGGAUUAGGAUUAAGAGCAUGGAUGCUAAUGGCGGCAGCAAUGGUGGAAUGUCGGUUGAUGAGCUGGAGGGUCCCACAUCUGAUAGUAAGAAACUCACGACUGAAAGCAGGCAAUCAACUCUGGACACGACAGAAGAUGAUACUGAGAGAGAGACUGAGGGAUCAGGGUCAGAUACAGACCUCUACAGCUACCACUCAGCCUCUGAGGCUCAAGAUCUGCUGACGGAUAUCCAGAGGACUAUCAGACAACAGCAGCAGAUGGAGGGAGUUUCUGAGGGGCAAAACUGUAGUGAACAAGUAGGGUCUGAUGGUCAGACUGAGGUCACUCAGGGUCUUACUUGUAGUAGCCUUGCUUGUACGGGCAAACCAGGGAAUGUAGAAGGUGUAUCUGCAUCUGACAGCAAAGAACAAGAUCUUAAAUAUAGUGGGGAUACAGUAGAAGGGGUGAUUACAACAAAACUAAAGGCAGAAGCAGGUGGCGAAGUGACUGACGUAGCAAAUAAAGCUGAAAGUUUGAGCAAUUUGGCCACUGACUACUGCAUUCAGGAUAGUAUCACUGACACAAGUAGUGUCCAGGAUACCAAAGCUUUUACCAAAUCAACCAGUAACUACAGUUUUCAGGAUACGACAGCAACAUCCACCUCCUAUGAGAGUGCAGAGGAGAUCCUGGAAAGUUCAUCUCCAUCGUCUUCUCUUGAAGAGUGUCAUUACGAUAGCAAUAGCCUGACUCAAAGCCUAGAAGUCGGUCUCAAUUCAAGAAAUCAGACCAGCUCAAUGUCCAAAAUCAGCCGGGUAAUUUUCGUCCCACAGAAGAGCAUUAGUAGUGUAGAGCUGAACGUAGAGGGUGAUGGUCAUGUAGAGGAGGUAGAUCGAGAGUAUUCCCACCAACAGAGAAGGAAAAGCAGUGCCGCGUCAAUCACACAGUGGUCAUCUGAGAACUUUUUAGGCUUGGGGUCACGACCACGUAGAACUUCCAGCGCUAACCUCGGGGUUAAACCUUAUCCUACAGUACACACUUCUUACGUUAAAACAACCACCAGACAGCUCACAUCACCUAUAAUAUCUCCAGUGACCACUCCGUCCCUAAGCCCAAUGUGUCCUCGCAGGGUCGGUUUAGAGUUGGGAUCAGGUCAAGGGUCUUACAGAGCAGGAAGCUGGAGAGCACGGAGACAACGGUCUUGUAGCAUUGCAGGUCCGGUGGGUUGUCAUGACGAAUGGUGUGAAGCCAUACAUGAUCAAUCAGAGCUUAUUGAUCAUGGCUUCCAAACCCUCAGAUCCAGGCAAACACCAUCCGCCUUUCCAGAUGUGUUUUCAGGUCGCUCUCUGUUCGAGAGGUGUCUUGUACAGUGGGGUUGUUCUGAAGAUGACAGUGCUCCACAGGAUGUUGAGAGAUUCUGUUCCCAUAUUCUGGCUUUGGGGAUUCUACAGCCUUUCAGUGACUGCAUCAGGGAACCACCCACAGGAAGUGAUGUUACAGAUAAGAUCAUUUUCAAUAAGGAGCAGCUGUAUACCUGGGCUCCAAUGGGACAGAAUGAGAUCAGAACACCUGGGCAGGUCCAAACAAUGUGGCCUCCGAGUCUGUCCCCCACUGCUGCACAGCUGCAAGAUGGAUCCACAGGGCAAUCUGGAAUCGUUUCGGAAGGAACUUCCGUUUCCAUUCAGGAGCUAGAGCGAACAAUUGAAGAAUUACUUGUGAAAAUAUCAGAUAUGGAAAAAGACAAUGUUUUGGAUGGCACAAAGCUUGGAACAAGGGAUCGAGAAGUGGGUGGUUUCAAUCUAACCAUUAAAAAGACUAAAGUAAAUGAACAACAAGUUCAUUCAGCCAUUCAGACCUCGCCUGUUGAGGAAGGCUUUAAACUUCCAGUGCCUUUAUCAGACCAAUCACAUGCUCCCAAAUUAAGUGACACUUCACCAGUGGGAUUGCCCAAUACCUGUAGCUGCCAAAGAACACAGGAAAUCCCUCCCCCUGCACCACCAGUACUUCCUGUUGUUUCAGGUUUCCCGACACCUUCAAAACAAGAUGCAUCAAUACCUCCACCUCCUCCACCUCCACUCCCAGAUACAACUCAGCUCCUUUUGCCUUUCCCAGGCAUGCCUCCACCCCCUCCUCCUCCACUUCCAGGUAUGGCUCCACCCCAUCUGCCACUCACAGGUACAGCUUCUUCCUCUCCACAACCUCCACUCCAAUGUAUGGCUCUGCCCCCUCCACCGCCUCCACUCCCAGGUAGUGUUCCACCACUUGCACCUGUAGGCAUGGCUCCACCCCCUCCACCUCCACUCCCAGGUAUGGCCCCACCCCCUCCUCCUCCACCUCCUGGCUGUGGACCUCCACCUCCUCCUCCACCUCCUGGCUGUGGACCCCCACCACCCCCUCCUCCACCUGGUUUUGGGCCACCACCACCCUUCGGUCCCCCUCCACCCUUCAUGGGGUUGGUGCCGUCUAGCAUGACUCAGGAGUCCGUCCCCCUGAAGAGCGUCAUCGAGCCUCCAAGGCCCAUGAAACCACUCUACUGGACACGGAUUCAACUAGAUGCCAAAAAGGAUGCCAAAAGUGCCCUGGUGUGGGAAAAGGUUCAAGAGCCAUCAGUAGACUUUGACGAAUUUGUGGAGCUGUUUGCCAAAAGUGCAGUCAAGGAAAAGAAGAAACCUAUCUCAGAUACCAUAACAAAAUCAAAGGCCAAACAGGUUGUCAAGCUACUGAGUAACAAACGUUCUCAAGCGGUGGGGAUUCUGAUGUCCAGUCUUCAUUUAGAUAUGAAAGAUAUUCAGAAUGCCAUCUUGAACAUGGACUGCACCGUGGUGGAUCUGGAGACGCUCCAGGCGCUGUAUGAAAAUAGAGGUCAGAAAGAAGAGAUGGAUCAGAUUAAGAAACAUAUCAAGUCUUCAAAAGAUAAAGAAAAUGCAAAACAACUGGACAAGCCUGAACAGUUUCUGUUGCAGUUGUCAGAGGUGCCCCAGUUCUCGGAGCGGGUUUUCUGUAUUCUCUUCCAGUCCACCUUCACAGAAUGUGUUACAUCAGUUCAGCGCAAGCUUGAAACACUCCUGAGAGUCUGUACGGCUCUACAGUCACGUCAAGCCGUCCUGCAGGUUCUAGGUUUGGUUCUUGUAUUUGGGAACAUUAUGAACGGGGGCAACCGGAGCAGAGGACAGGCAGAUGGAUUUACCCUAGACAUCCUUCCCAAGUUAAAAGAUGUCAAGAGCAGUGAUAAUUCUCAGAGCCUCCUGUCCUACAUAGUUGCUUACUAUCUGCGACACUUUGAUGAGGAUGCAGGUAAAGAAACAUGCGUGUACCCACUUCCAGAGCCUCAGGAUCUGUUUCAGGCUUCGCAGAUGAAGUUUGAGGAUUUUCAACGUGACCUACGCAAGCUACGGAAAGAUCUGAAUGUCUGUUCAGCAGAAACAGAAAAGGUGUGUAAUGUUUCAUCUGAGGAGCACCUGCAGCCCUUUAAGGACAAAAUGGAAGAAUUUCUCACUAGAGCCAAAGCAGAGCUGGAGCUCCAGGAAAAACAGCUCGCUGGCACGCAGAGGAUUUUUCUGGAGCUGAGCGUGUUUUUCUCAGUCAAGCCUAAGGCGGGAGAGAAGGAGGUUUCACCAAACACAUUCUUCACAGUGUGGCACGAGUUUUCGUCAGAUUUUAAGGAGCUCUGGAAGAGAGAGAAUAAAUGCCUACUGCAGGAGCGGUUGAAAGCUGCAGAAGAGACUUUCAGACAAGCACGAGAGAAGGCUACCUACAACGUAAAACCUAAACAUGCAUCAGGGAUAAAAGCCAAGCUGGGACAGAAGAUGUGAAUUUCUGCUGUACUGAAUCCAACAAAACUCCUUGUUUGCCCCAUUCUUUGUUUUCUCUUUAAAAGUUACUACAGUGUAAGAAUAGCCAUGAGAAGGUUUGCAUUAUUUUAGGACAUGAAUGUGGUCAGAAUUCAUAUGAAGACAAUCAAAGCUCAAAGUGCCCAUAUUAUGAUCAUUUGCAAGUUGUUGUUUUUUGUGUGUGUGUGUUUUUUGCAGCCUACUAGAACACAUUUUGAUUUAAAAAACAUUUUCUCAUUUCUCAUGCAUUGCUGUAGCACCACUAUUUUCACUCUCUGCCUAAAACACUCUCUCUUUUACUUCCUAUCUCUUUAAAGUCUACCAUUCCAAAAAGCCCAGUCUGAUCUUGGUCUGCCAGUCUACCGCUUACAGCAUGUCAGAAAUGUAACUUUACAGUUUUCAGCUCCAACUAUGGUGUCGUUGUUGGAAGUCCAUGCUAAUUGUUCUUUGAGGGUGGGCCAAAGCAAGCCAGUCUGUGAGCAUUAUGCAAAUGUAUAUCAUGGUGACAAGCGAAGUCAUGAAAUAAUGGCAGGACAACAAACGAGGCCUUUCAGGCAAGUGUUUUCUGUUAGAGAUUAACUCCUUUUGGCAUGGACUUUGUGCUUUGUAAUUUUUCAGAUCGUUUACAUGCACAGACAGCUAUAUAACACAGUAAAGAAAAGGUAAAAAAAAAAAAAAAAGAAAAACCAUAAUGGUGUAGGUUUACUUUAAAAGCCAUACAUUGAAACUAGCCACUAUUUUACAAAAGCACAUUGAAUAUUUAGUAUACAUUGAUUAGUAUACACAAAAUCUGCACAUUUAUUUUCAUAUCUUCUGUCAAGAAAGUACCGAAAAAGAUUUAUUGUAACCUGUGUAUUUAAUUAUCAUAAAAUAGCAUUCUUAUUUGUAGGUGAAAGCCACAAUAUUUAAUUAACUAGAGCAGAUAAAUAGUGGAUUUCAUACAGGUUGACUUAUUAAACAAUCUGCAUCUAAAUAAUGUUUGUUUAUGCCGAACUGGCAAUGACAUUUAAGAAAAUUGAAUAACUGAAUACAUAAAGAAAUGGCAGGCUCGGAUAUAAUAUCUGACUAUGUGACCUGUGUAAAGUCAUAAAAAUGUGUGUUUUUUUGGU